AAGAGUCAAUUUCUUGAAGCAAGUCUUGAGGUCAAGACUUUGUUGAAGGGGGGGAGUAGUGAUAGGAAUUAGAUAGUUAAAUACUUAAAGGGGUAAAAAGGGUAAUUCCUAAUAAAUAGAGGGUAGGAUUGCAUUGUUUGAGAGGAAGAAAUAUCUUAGAUUGUUGUUAGUCUCUAGUGUGAGAUUGGCUCAUUGGCUAGGCCUUUGAGAGAGGGAUUCAUCCCUGGGCAAUCAUCCUAUCAGGAGAUUGUGUUCUCUAUCUUGUUUCAUUCAAUCAUCAAUUUCAAUUCCAGUUUUCGUUAUCAAUCAUAUAUUGUUGUUUGUUCUGUUUCAAUUCUUCAUCAAUAUUCAUCUCCUAUUCUUGUGACUUCUCUCUUGAUUCUCAAUUCAAAUCCUUAUCGUUAUUUUAUGGCGUCCAUAAUGAUGGAAAACUAUAUGAGAAUUUGAUGCAUAACAACUUUAGAAGUCACUGUAAACAAAGUACGUAACGUAGCCCAAAAGGGUCCAAAAUGUGAAGAGUGGACCGAGUAAGUUCGGCAUUUUGGGCAGAAAAACGAAAUGGGUUGAUAUGGGCCGAAAACGAUAACCCUAAGUCCCUAACCCGUCGCCCACAGCAUCACUAAUCCUUUCGCUACAAAAAUUGAAACUGACAAAUGAUAGCUUCGAGACUGACGUCGGUGGCUGCUAACGGAAUAUACGACACGAGUCCAUAACCUAAUAAUAUCUCUUUCAAACCGGGACGGCGGACGACGACGACCUGAAACCAAAAUAUCUACACAGACGACGGAGGGUGGGGGGCUCACCACCCUAACAAAAUGACCCAAAAAUCUCCAUCCCAGCCCCAGCAGCGAAAGAGCUUUUGCACAAUGGCUGAUGUUUAUGGAGUGAUCCUAGACUCUCCGAACCUCCAUAAGAACCUCGACCUUGUUUUCUUGGGUCCUCAUCACGCCAAGGACGACGAUUCGUUUCAGUUUGAUUUUAAACUCCCCGAUAUUCGACGACCAAUCACUAAAUUCGUAAGGACAAGAGAAGUAGGAGAAUUUCUUAGUGGUGCUUUAGCAGGUGCUAUGACUAAAGCUGUUCUUGCUCCUCUUGAAACCAUCAGGACGAGAAUGGUGGUUGGUGUUGGAUCGAGAAAGAUAUCUGGUAGUUUCUUGGAAGUGAUUGAAAAACAAGGUUGGCAAGGACUUUGGGCUGGAAAUGCAAUCAACAUGAUACGAAUUGUUCCAACACAAGCAAUCGAACUCGGAACAUUUGAAUGUGUGACACGAGUAAUGACAUCAGCCAAAGAGAAAUGGAGCAAAGAAGAUCCAAGUGUGCAGAUUGGUCAUGUCAAAUUAAGUUUUCCCCUCUCAUGGUUGUCUCCGGUUGCCCUUGGUGGUGCAGCUGCCGGAUUUGUGAGCACCCUUGUCUGCCACCCUCUUGAAGUCCUAAAGGAUCGGUUGACUGUAAGCCCGGAUAUAUACCCUAAUUUGAGCAUUGCAGUUUCAAAAAUCUAUAAAAAUGGUGGGAUUGGUUCUUUUUACUCUGGUCUUUCUCCAACGUUAAUUGGAAUGCUGCCAUACAGCACUUGUUACUAUUUCAUGUACGACACUAUCAAGAAGUCAUACUGCACAGCUCAGAACAAAAAAGCCUUAAGCCGACCGGAGAUGUUACUUAUAGGAGCUCUUUCAGGUUUGACUGCAAGUACUAUAAGUUUUCCUUUAGAGGUUGCAAGAAAAAGGCUGAUGGUGGGAGCAUUGCAAGGGAAGUGUCCACCACACAUGGCGGCUGCACUUUCGGAAGUGGUGAGGGAAGAGGGGUUGAUUGGGUUAUAUAGAGGAUGGGGUGCAAGUUGUUUGAAGGUGAUGCCAUCAUCUGGUAUCACAUGGAUGUUUUAUGAAGCUUGGAAAGACGUAUUGCUUGGUGACAAACAUCGAGAAUAAUAUUAUGUUGAGUUAACCAAGUUUUAACCUGAUGUACCAAAAUGUUCUCUUUUAUUUUUUUUUCUAAUCAAGAAGAGAGCACUUUAAAGUUUAAAAUAUGGGUGUUUGAAUGUUGGUUAGAGCGAGUUAUGUCAUCAUGUUUGUCUCUCAUCCCAGGUUUGGUCUUUUGCAUUAGUUUAUCAGGUCAUGAACUUGACCUCUCAUCUCAAAAUACAAAUUAUAAGUAAUUUUGGUCACUUAGCC